CCGGAAUCAGUGUGGACUAGGCGUCACCAAAUGAUGCUGCGCCGCCGCCUGGGGCCGUGCCCGUGGCCGGCGUUAAACCGGCGGCUGUCGCGCCUGGCGCCACCCGCGCCCGCGCCGGUGGUGCGCGUGGACAGCAACAACGUGGCCCGCCUCGGCGCGCCCAAGCCCGGGCCGAAGCCGCGGCAGCUGCUCUCCCUGCCGCCGUUCCCCGCCGGGCCCGACCCGCUCGCCGGGAGGAAGGUGGCGCCGCGGCGCGUGACGGCGGUGAGCUGGGUGAAGCACUGCUUCGACGACGUGCCGCAGGAGGUCGUGCAGGCGCACUUCAACAAGAGGCAGGUUUUCGCUGAGUGCUCAGCGCAGGAGGUUUCAGGGGAGUGCAUUCGGAGCCAGAAGCAUCAUUUAAAAAAGAUCAAGCAUCAUGAAGUGAUGGAGCCUGGCAUGAGAAUUCAUCUUCCUGUGUCUGUGGCUGAGGCCGAGAUAAAGAAGCGCUAUGAGACCAUUCCCUCUGCGUCAUUGCAUCCCAAUAGAGAUGAGAUUGAGUACUUGAAAAGGCUUGUCAUCUACAAGGACUCGGCCAUACUUGUGCUUAACAAGCCCCCAAAAGUGCCCAUGAAGGGGCAUUUGCCUGUACAUAAUAGUAUGGACGUGCUUGCAGCAGCAGCACUUAAAUAUGGAAAUGAAGAGGGUCCAAAAUUGGUCCAUCGACUGGACAGAGAUACUAGUGGGUUGAUGUUGAUGGGGAGAACAAGAGAAAGCUAUACCCGGUUGCACUGGCUCUUCACUAGCAUCAAAUUAGCAAAAACAGCUUCGCAGACAUGGAAUACUGCCUGUGAAUCAUACUUGCAGAGGUACUGGGCGUUGGUCAUCGGGGUGCCUAAAGAGAGCGAAGGAGUUAUACAUGCUCCUCUAACAAAGGUACUUCUUGAUGAUGGCAAAGCUGAGAGGGUCAUUCUAGCACAUCCCUCUGGCAUAGAUGGUGCACAAGAAGCUGUAACCCAGUAUCGGGUGAUGGGACCCACCAUCAAUGGCUGCUCCUGGAUUGAGUUGCGCCCAUUAACAGGGCGGAAGCAUCAGCUCCGAGUCCACUGUGCAGAAGCCUUAGGCACUCCCAUCGUUGGAGAUUACAAAUACGGGUGGUUUGUGCACCAAAGGUGGAAGCAGAAUCCCCAGCCGGACUUUGAGCCCUUCACCGGGGAACCAUACAAGCUGAGGCGUCCUGAAGGCUUGGAGGUUCAGAAGGGCAGUGUUCUCUCUAAAGUCCCUUUGCUGCACCUGCAUUGCCGGGAGAUGGUGGUCCCUAACAUCGCGAAGUUCCUGAGUAACACGGGAGAUUGGCACGAUAAUGGUACUCCAUGGUCCAAGGAGAAGCCCAACCUCCUAAGGUUCCUCGCGCCAAUGCCCGCGCACAUGAAAAUUAGCUGGAAUGUCAUGUCUUCCUACCUAGUGUGAUGGUCCCUUUUGUUAUCUGGACAUGUCACUUCUGUAUGCUGAAUUGCUCGAUAUGAGAUGCCUCUAAGCUCAUGUUAGUGUUUAUGGAGUGCCAUAUCCUGAAACUCAGAAUUAGGGGAGUUGCAUGUAGUAGCGUUGUUUAGGUUUCCUUUGUGACUGUGAGGAUGUAGAUUUGUAGCAGCUAGCAAUUCGGAAUCUGUGAACAAUUGAUGUCAACAUUGUAACUUGUAGGAGGUUAUAAAUCAAUUUUUGUCUGAUCUCA